AAUAUGUUCUCCGCUCCGGGCCCGCAAUACCUCUUACCUGUGCUUGGGUCUUUAUUAUGCCCGAAUACUCACAUAGUGAGCAUGAGGCAAGAAAAGUGAUCAAACAAAUAUUCCAUACGCAAUUAACCAUACUUCAUAAUUACCAUAUCGAAGUCAGACAUGUUGAAGUCAAUUUUUAUACUUUCUAUAAUAUAUCUUAAUAUAUCCUUUGCUUACAUAACGAAACUUCCGGAUUUCUGGUAUUUAGAUAACUUCAAUUAUGACGUAGAAAGUAAUGAGGAGUUGGUACAGUUUGAGGUAUAUGAAGACCAAGGACCCUUAUGGGUGGUCGACAUCAGUCAAAGUAACGUGUGGCGACCUCUACAAUUGAAGAAGGCAAGUGAUGAUGAAAGAAAUGACUUCGACGAUGCCGUCGGACCUGUGAUAAAAUUUUACGAGAAUAAGCGAAAACCGGUGCUGUUGGACAAAACCAAUCAAAAAACACCAAAAAAUGUCACUGAAGCAACCAAGAGUAAGGACGUAGUCGGGGAUAUAUUGAAAAUGGUUAAUAAGUUCGUUUUAUCAGCACUUGAUGUGGAUCCUGAAGUGCAGCUGCCCGAUACGGAUGACGAAUACACCGCACCUUCGGUGGCUAUAUUCUUCAAACAGCUGUACAGUGCUCUGUUCAUAAGAUACGGGCGAAACGAGUGGCACUUCUUUGUUCGGCCUCCAUCGCCAUUCCCCAAGUGGUUCUUCGAAGGCCACGAACACUGCUCAGUCAACCGAGGAAGCAUCGAAGUCCCGAACGAAGUCCAAAUAGAAUUCUAUCAACAACUCUUGCGGUUAAUGCGUAAAUACUUUUCUAAGGUCGAUUUGUAGUAAGGAUUUUACAUGUGUUUCUUGUUUUCGUUUUUCCCGGUUCCAACCCCGGUACCGGACUUAUUAAUAUAAAUUAAUAUCGAGUUACGAGCAGUUUUCACUAACGCAGGUGACUCGACCAUUAUAGACGGCGAUACGGCUCAUCAUCUAUCACGUUGGUCUAACAGAAAAUUCCCCUUCGUAAACUUAAUUCACCUGAGCUAAUUCACCUAGGUGCAUUAAACAAACUUUUAGUAAUCUUUAAUCACCUGCAUCGCUCGUGGUAAAACAAAAGACAUCUUCGGUGAGGUGUGGGUAUGUAGUUUAUCUUGCGAUGGAUGUACCUCUAACUACACUAUUGGGAAAGUCAUGAGCUGAUGUCCUUCUCAUGUGUACUCUAAACAAGAAGAUUUUGAUGAAAGAGGAAAAGCAGAAGCGUACAAAAAACUGUAGAAAAAAAUAACAUAAACAGCCUAUAUACGUCCCACUGCUGGGCACAGACCACCCCUCAAUCAACCGGAGGGGGUAUAAGUACCUUAGUACUUUAUAAACAUAAACAAGUACUCCUAUGAUAUUAUUAGGUAUGAUGCAGCACAUCUAUUCCGCUAUACUAUUUAUAAUACUUGUCUAUUGGUCUUUGUUUGUCUACGAUGCCUGCAGACACCGAGUUAAUUUUUAGUUUGACAGUUCUACUAGCUUUAUCUCUGUCUUACACUCGCCGCAAGUGAAGGACGGCAGAGUAUUUUUAGAGUUCUCAAUCUAAAAUAAAAAUAAAGUUUUGUAUGUUAGAAUCAGCACUAACAACUUAGGUAUAUUAGUAGCCCCGAUUCCUGCAGACACAUCCUAAUUUUAUUUUAAGUUAUACCUGUCAUUUUCUUGUCCGCCGAAAAGGAAAGGGACGGAUGAUUGACAACAGUUAAUUUUGAAAUGAAUUAAUAAAAUAGGCAUCUCGCUCUUAUGCAAUCCGCUUGACGUGUGCUGUCAACUUAAUUGUGUCGGGUUAUUGGCCAAUAUAAAAAUAUGGAAUGGUUUAAAAAAAAUCUGCUUAUCGAUAACCCGUUCUUUUAUUUCUCAGAGGAUAAGAAAAUGACAGGUAUAACCAGUUAAAAUGUAAUACAUAUAUGUAAGAGGUGGAUACUCCUGACACAGGUAAAUUAAUUUGCCUACUAGGAGAUCCCAAUUUAUU